CUCGCCGUUGCCAUUUUUUUGCACGCCUUGCCCUAUAGUGAAGGCUUUAUUGUCCGGUUAAUUACGGAGACAUUGCAGAAUAAUGUGGCUGGUGAACCAAUAACGCAUGUACGCACCGAUUGGGAUUUUGAUCCAGAAAUAAGUCAAAAGCGACGAGCACUCUUCUAUGAGACAAAUGGUUAUCGCGCAGCAAAAUUCAUUGAGCGUCUCGGCCUCGGGCUCGACGGCCAGGAAGAGGAACGAAGAGCGGAGCAACAGGCGCGUGAUGUUGGACGACUUAAUGGCGAGCAUAAUAUUAACUUCCCGCCAGAAUUACAAUUGUAGUUUUUAAUAGCAGCGAAGCUACAUAAUAUAAACAUACGCACAUACCUACAUACAUUUGUAAAUUAAAAAUUCAAUAUUAAAUAGCAGCUCAUUUAGCAUUAAUCAUUAAGGUAAAUAAAAUGUGAAGAAGU